CAUGGCGGCCGGAGGGGCUCACGUUGGCAUAGGAAAACCUGCCUCCCUGUUACAGGACUGGGAAUGGGAAAACGCGGCCAGGCAGACGGCGGAAGGAGUGAAGACUGGAACAUGCUCCAUUUUAGAUGUAGUGGAAAUCUUGGGAACUCCUCUGAAGAAUGAAGAUCCUCAAGUGCGGUCACAGGGCAUUCAAGUUCUCUCUGAGGUCCUCCUACAGUGUUAUUCCCUCCUCCAAGAGCAGGAAGUGACCCACCUUGUCUUGUUCUAUGAGAACCGUCUAAAAGAUAAUCACCUUGUUAUUCCUUCUGUGCUGCAGGGACUGAACGCUUUGAGCAAAUGUGUAGUGUUAGCUCCAGGACUGGCAGUGUCUGUUCUCAAAGCUGUCUUCCAGGAAGUUCACGUUCAGUCUUUGUUACAGUUAAAUCGUCAUACUGUCUAUAGUAUCAUCACUAAUUUCAUGAGCAACAGAGAGGCAGAGCUAAAAGGUUUAGGUGCUGAUUUCACCUUGGGCUUCAUCCAAGUGAUGGAUGGAGAGAAAGAUCCACGCAACCUGUUAAUAGCUUUCCAGAUUGUUCGAGACAUCAUUGUAAAAGGCUAUGCAAUAGGGCCUUUUUCAGAAGAGCUAUUUGAAGUGACUUCCUGCUACUUCCCUAUUGACUUUACUCCUCCCUCCAAUGAUCCUCAUGGAAUCCAGAGAGAAGACCUGAUUUUCAGUCUGCGGGCAGUGCUGACCUCUACUCCCGUUUUUGCUGAGUUCCUACUUCCGUUGCUCAUUGAGAAAAUAGACUCAGAUGUACAAAGUGCCAAGCUGGAUUCCUUGCAGACGCUGAUUGCUGCAUGCAAGAUCUAUGGGCAUAAAGAACUGAAAGAAUUCCUCCCUAGCCUUUGGUCAUCUUUGCGCACAGAAGUCUUCCAGACAGCAAGUGAGAAGAUAGAAGCAGAAUGCUUGUCUGCUUUGCGAGCUCUGUCAGCGUGUCUGUCCCGUUUGGUGCUUGGAACUGAUGAGGAGGAUCUUCUGGAUUCCUUCCUUAGGGGAGUUCUGCAAGAUUGCAGACACCAUCUGUGUGAGCCUGACAUGAAACUGGUGUGGCCGAGCGCUAAGCUCUUGCAGGCAGUUGCAGGAGCUUCUUUGCGGGCUUAUUAUCAGAUCACAAGUAGUGUACUUCCUUUGCUGUUGGAACAGUAUGCCAAGCAUGAACAGAGUAGUCAGCACAGGACAGUCUUGGAGGUGUUGUUUGGUUUCUUGGAGUUACGGCAAAUGUGGGGUGCUGAGGAGGAAGACAAAAGUCCACUGCUUUCUUGCAAAGACUCUCUGUGUUCUAUAGUAUUCUCUGCCUUAGCUGAGCCCAAUAUUCAACUUCAAUUGGUUGGGAUCCAGAUUCUGACAUUUCUAGGAUCUCGUCAAGAGCUUCUAGAUCUUGCAGAUGUGGAAAAGCUUGCAGAUCACUUUGCACAGUUCAUCCUGAAUGAAAUGGAUUCCCAGAUCAGUUUGGCAGCUAUGGAUGCUGCCGGCACCCUUGCUCCUGUCUACCCAGAAAUCUUCAGCAAGUGUUUGGUUCAGAAGCUUUCAAAAGGACUGGACUCAGAACUUCAGGAUAAUAUUUCAUCCCAUCAGAAACAUCUACAAGCUCUGGCAGCAGUGUCCACCCAUCCAAGUAUUGUAAGGCAAACUGUUCCUGUCUUUUUGCAACAUCUCCAGCAGAUUCAGAAAGGCAAAAUGCCAGCAAGUAAUAAUUCAGUGGUAUCUGUGUGCCACAGCUUGCAACAGGUCGCCCUUCAGUGCCAGCAAAAUGUUCAGACAUAUUGGUACUUCCAUCAGGCGGUGGUGCCCUGCUUGCUAGGCUUAGCAGUGCAGGCUGCUUUGGAAGAAAAUUCUCAAACAACACUCAACAAAGUUCUGCUAACAGAAGAAGCUUUAUCAUCCAUGGUGUUAGUCAUCAGUGCAGCCUGCAUGCACUUAAGCCCAGAGUUGGCUGCUCAGAGUGUGUCAAAAGUGGUACCUCUCUUCCUAGAUGGAGAACUUUCCUUCUUGACUGGAAACAACUAUCUCAGCUCUUUUCAGCCCUUUCAGGAUGGGCUCCAUCCAGCAGCAGCCCCAAGAAGGCUGGUUGCUCUCCUUAUGGCCUUUGUAUGUUCACUGCCAAGAACAGUGGUAAUUCCUCAACAGGAUCGGUUGUUGUGUGAGCUACUAGCUCUUAGCUGUUCCUGUGACUGCCCAUUCACUGCCACUGCUGCUGCAAAAUGCUUUGCAGGACUGAUUAACAAAUACCCAGAAGGGCCACACUUAGAUCAGCUCUUGGAAAUGGCCAUAAAAAUGCUGGAACGAGGCUUGAAUGAAGGUCCCUAUCAACGCCAGGCCCUUACUCUGCUGUUGUGGGUGAGUAAAGCAUUGCUGCUACGCUACCACCCAUUAAUCACACAGCUGACUGAGAAGCUACUCCAGCUUUUAGGGGACACUGUUCUUGGCCCUGCAGUGGGUGAUGGCUUUGCCUUGCUCAUGGCUGAUUCUGCUGAUGUAUUGGGCAAGAGCUGUCAUGCGGAGGUGCGCCUGAUGUUCCGCCAGCGCUUCUUCACAGAUUGUGUGCCACAGUUGGUGCAAAGUUUCCACACAUCCACUCCUGAUGUGAAACCAAAUUACCUGAAAGGCUUCUCUCACAUAUUAAAUCACUUGCCCAAGCCAGUGCUAGUUACAGAGCUGCCUACAUUGCUGCCUCUGUUGCUAGAAUCUCUGUCGUGUCCUGACCAUGUGGUGCAGCUUUCAACUUUACGUUGCGUACAGCCAUUGCUACUUGAUGCACCUCGUGCUAUGCAUCUCCACAUCGACACACUUGUGUGCAAGUUUCUUAACCUAACAGACAACUCUGCCAUGGCAAUCCGUAUUGCUGCACUUCAAUGCCUCCAUGCACUUGCCUCCUUACCUACCCCAGUGGUGAUCCCAUUCAAGCCACGAGUCAUUCGCGCAUUGGCCAAGCCUUUGGAUGACAAAAAGCGCCUUGUACGUAAAGAAGCUGUCAUAACACGAGGAGAAUGGUUUCUGCUUGGGACACCUGGCAGGUGAAACAUCACUCUGUGAAUCCUGAUUGACAAUCUUUUGUGCAGUUUGCCUUGGACCACUUUUCUUGCAGUUCAGCAAAGCUUUGGACAAAAAUGGAGGAGUUUCCUUCCUUUUUUAGGAGUGGGCUGCCUUUUCUAUAGGGUGCUGGAAUCCUAAACACAGUGGUUGCAACCCUCAAGCCUUACUUUUUACUGCAGUGCAGUAUGGCACAGAGGUAGCAGAAUCUCCUGCCUGCAAUAGGUGGGGUUAGAAAAAUAAAUAACCCAUUUGUUGAAAGCUUCUGGAGAAGAUGCCUCUUAAGGGAAAGACAUUGAGCAAAGUGAGUUCACUUCUGCUAUUCUUCAUCAUGCUUCAUCAUUCUUAUAUUCCUCUUUUAGUGGUAUAAAAAUUAACCACUAUAAAUCAUAGCUAAUAUCUAUUAGAGGAAUUCAAACAAUUUUCAUUUAUAAUAAUUUUACACACAUGAAAUGCAUGUAGUCAUAAAAUAAAUUAUUACAAUUUGGGGUAAUUAUGAAAUUCAGAAUUAUUCUAAAUACAAAUGGCAAGAACUAUGGAAAGGGUUACUUAGACAGUUGUUUAGCUAUCUUGGGUAGCUACAUUUUGAGAAAAUAUAAAGUGCUGAAAGCAGAUGUAAGGUUCAUUUAGAGUGCUGAGAGUAUAAUAUGAUUGACAAUAGGAAUGUGGUAUUCUAUAAAACACCAAUUUACCAACUAUACAUUGCCACUUGCUGUCCCUGCUUAUCUUUUUUUUUGGGGGGGGGGGUUUAAUAAGUUGAAUACUUUAGAAAACAAAAGUGCUGGGCUGAAACUACUCAUCAUUUUUAUUCUCUAAGAAUACUUUUGGAGCUGAAAAAUGAUACUGGAAAUAAAAAUGGUGAAGCCUGUUUCUUUGCUGUAAGCUAGUCUCCCAUUUAUUUUAAUACAAAUUACCUGAAAUAAUUGAAAUAAAGCAGGGAGGAUGGUAAGGGAGGUGUGAAUAUAAUAUCAUCCACCAUGCUGAUUUGAACAGUUCCAAGCUAGUUUAGUAUUUAGCCAUCAGGAUGAAACUGUUGUUUAGAUGUAAAAUUGGCAACAUCUAAUCCCUUUCUUAUAUUAAUUAGUGCUGUUUUUAUAAAGUACAAAUAUAGUAUUCCACCUAGAUUUUUAUGAAGCAUUUCCUACUCAAUCUAAUUUUGAAAAGCCUUAACAGUGGGAUACUCCCCUGCUGUAAAAGACACUGUUAAGAAACAGGUUUUCUUGAUUUAGUACUGUUGAAGGACAUCUCAUCAAUGAAUAUAGCAGAACUGCAACAGAACAUGGAUAAGAAUAGAUCACUGCACAGUGAUCACGAUAGUGAAUACUACUGUGAGUAUUAGGAAAAAGCUGUACUUUACAAGAGUAAAAGAUAUUGGAAUAUAAAGCUGGGAAGGACUGCUGAAAAGUUCUGUUUAAAAGACCACACCAUUUCAACUGGUUUUUUUUUUACUUAAAAUAAUGUUUAGAUGUUUGGUUCAUUGAACAUAGAUCAAUUAAUAAAUUGUGGGGCUCCAGGCUUAA